CAGCGCAAUCCAGCUAUAAGCGUAGAGUUGCCCAUCGUAGUUCUUGCCGAUCUGCGCCGCUCCUCCGCGUUGAGCGUCGCCAGAGUUGCUCCGGGUACCUACUCCGUAUUGCUGGCUGAGAGAUGGGCUGAGGCGGAGAAGGGCGACCCCCACCAGCAACAGCCAGGCGGCAAUCGAGGCCACACACUGCGGCUAGGAGUUCUUGUUUGCCCUUCUCCCCCCUCGACUCCUCUCCUCCUCCGCUUUUUUGGCCGGAGCAGGCCAGGGAAUGUCCCGGCGGCGCCAUGCCUUACGUGGACCGGCAGAACCGCAUCUGUGGCUUCCUGGACAUCGAGGAGCACGAGAGCAGCGGCAAGUUCCUGCGGCGCUACUUCAUCCUGGACACGCAGCAGGGCAGCCUGGUGUGGUUCAUGGACAACCCGCAGAAUCUUCCGGUUGACGCCGACUGCGUCGGCUCCCUGAAGCUUACUUACAUUUCAAAGGUGAGCGAUGCCACAAAGUUGAGGCCGAAGGCGGAGUUCUGUUUUGUCAUCAAUGCUGGGAUGAGGAAGGUCUUCCUGCAGGCCAACGAUCAGCAGGACCUGGUGGACUGGGUCAACGCACUCAAUAAAGCCACCAAGAUCACGGUUCCGAAAGCCUCCGAUAGUCAGCAGAAUUCCGAGAACCACAAGUCUUUGCUGGAUGCCGUGGGACCCAAGAAACAAGUGUCCUAUAAAACGGAGAUCAUAGGAGGAGUUCCCAUUGUGACCCAGACGCAGCAUGAAGGCGGCGACGGGGCAGAGCGAGCGGAACGCGAGGCCAUGCACCGCUCGCACAGCCAGCUGCCCUACUUCCUGGGCAGGCCGACCCAGGACCACACGGUCAUCAAGUCGGGCUACUGCGUCAAGCAAGGCGCCGUGAUGAGGAACUGGAAACGGCGAUAUUUUCUCCUGGAGGAAAACUCCAUGAGCUACUUCAAGUCCGAUCUGGAAAAAGAACCGCUGAGGAUGAUCCCGCUGAAGGAAGUUCACAAAGUGCAGGAGUGCAAACAGAGUGACAUCAUGAUGCGUGACAAUUUGUUUGAGGUCGUCACCACGUCCAGGACGUUUUACAUCCAGGCCGACAGUCCAGAGGAGAUGCACAGCUGGAUCAAGGCCGUUUCGGGGGCUAUCGUGGCCCAGCGUGGACCCGGGAGGUCUGCCGCCACAGAGCACAGCGGCCGCUCCACAUUCUACCGCAGCCCCACGGGCCCCCCCAUCCCUCGCUCGCCCGUAUCCGCCGCGCCACCCCGCCAGCCAGAUUGGGGCGAUGCCGGCGGCGUCGCGUGCGGCCCACGCUCGCAGCCUGGCGUGGGACAGCGAGCACUUCAUGAGCCUGCUGCCCCAACCCGCUCGCAGUCGCACCCCGGCCCGCCUCUCCCUGCAGGAGACCCGCCUGGCCAAGUGAGCCCGUGCGCCGAGGAGUCGCCGUGGCGCCGGCGGAGCGCCCUGGAGCCGCACGUGCCCGAGCCGCCCUUGGACCUGGACGACGCCGACCUGCCGGUGAGCGAGGUCUGACCAAGGAGUUUUAAAACGCCAAACGGCCCGACGCGACGAGGAAGCUUUUCCGUGGACACGAGGCGGCCGUCGCUGAACUUAAAAGCUCCUCCCUGACCGGUGCUGUCGGUGCUAACGCACACACGCAAAAGUCGGGUCAUCCUCUGAACUCGUGUGCCAAAGAUGACCCGGUAUUUCAUCUACAGUCCACCUGCUCAUCUAUUAACUGUGGCGUAUUUAUGUGACAAGCUAAAUGACUCAUGGGCACUUUUCGCUGUGACAUCAGACCACUUCAGCGCAGUCAUUUCCUGGACUUACCUUCAUAUCUGCUACGUAUAUUCACUAAGGGUGUCAUAAUGAAGAGCUAAAAAAAAAAAAAAAAAAAUUGAGCGAAAAGAAGCGUGAGACGGGCUGAAGAAAAAAAAAAUACACCAGCCGAGAUGCUAAAAUGCUAAUGUAAGCAGACCGGUGAGCAAUCAUUUUUAUUUGUAUAGCUCGUUUCAUGUACGAGACAUUUCAAAGUGCUUCACAUCAAACAUUAAAAGCAUUACAGAAAGAGAAAAGAAAUAUUAAGACGUGACUAAAGUCAUCGAAAAACAUGAAAGUCAUUAAAAUCAAGCAUCAGUCUCGAUAAAUUUUUAAAAUGGCGUACAAAUGAGGAUCAAAACGAGACGAGGGAAAAAAAAGAGAAUUCUGCAGUAAAUAAGCUCUGCUUUAAAUGAACUGACGUAAAACUCAUUUUCGGAGAACCUGCCGUUUUGGCUGAUUAGAAUACCUUAUCGUAUAGAAUCACCCCAAAAAAGAAAAUUUAUUAUCGCAGCAGUGUGGAAAGAAUACGGCCUGCUAAUUUUUUUAAAAAGAAAUCUUUUUUUUUUUUAUCUGGCGUACCGAGCAUUUAUGAUGCUAUAUUUAUUGGAUUAAUUUAGUCUAAAAUUGGUUUUGUUGAUUUCAAAAAAAUAAAAAUAAUUUAUAGAAUUUCAUAAUUGAUGAAUUGAUCCAUUUUACAUCUACCGGUACUUUUAUUUGAGUAAAUAACUGCAUAAUACGUUACAGUUGAAUUCAUUCUACAAACCCAGUUCCAAUGAAUUUGGGACGUUGUGUUGAGCACAGAAACAGAAUACAAUGAUUUGCCAAUCAUGUUCCCCCAAAACUUCAUUGAAUACACCACAAAGACAAGAUAUGUAACCUUCAAACUGACCAUUUUUUUUGGAACGUGUUGUAGCCAUAAAGUUCGAAGGUAAUGAUUAUUCACUCAAAACAAAGUUGAUCAGUUUGAACAUGAAAUAUCUAGUAGUGUGUAGUGUAGUGCAUUCAAUGAAAGAAAGGUCCCAACUUUGUUGGAAUUGGGUUUUUAAAUAAAAUGUCAAAAUGUGAACACUAUUUUUGAAAUCCACAAAUUUUCAUAUUGCAUAUCCAUACUUAUUCUUUUUUUUACUUUACCUUUAUCUACUGGAUCCAUUUUAAAAAUCAACUGUAGCCAAGUUUGGUCAUUCGCAUUCAUCGGACGGCGUACGGUCGACCCAAACUCAGCCCUAUUCGCAAUCUGGUCCACGAGCCUUCGUUAGCAUUCCAACUGUGCCAGUAAACUGGAGCGUCAAAGUUAACAAUUAAAGCGCUCAUACUGUACCCAAAAGCGGCACUGUACAUCAGAUCGUGGUAGUUUCACUUACGUCCUGUCGGUGUCAGUAGAAUGCACGUAGAAAACUAUUGUCGACUGUUAAAACCAAUCAAGAUGACAAUUUCAGCCGUCCGAAUCGGAAUGCUAAUGCUAAACACGCUUUGUUGUCACAAGUAACAGAUUCAAACUCACUCACGUUGUGUCUUCAUUAAGUUUGUUAGCAUCUCCUGACAUUAGCGAAUACAGGUAGCAGAAGCAAAUAUCGCUCAGGGGGGAGGAUCCAAAGUGGUCCGGCAGCAUUGUGGAG